GAAUCCGAGAUGCACGUAACAUCAUCCAGUGGUCCAUUGGCUGUAUACAGAAUACCAUUUCUCCGUUCAUCCGCCGCGCCGUUUCGCGACCAUCGCCGACGUUUCGACCAACGAAACGACGGGACGACGCGUCACAGUGAUGCGAGACCGUCGCGUCCCCGAUCGCCGACCGACCGCACGAAUCGUCAACGUUUCGAGGAAUCGGGACGCUUCGUUAUGAGACACGUCGGCAGACGCGAGAUCGACUCUCGUGAGAGGAAGAGCACUCGGGGAGAUUGAAGUACGAUGCCGAUCGGAUCUGAAUCCGGAAACUAGCUACGCUACCAUUUAAAAUGAUACUUCAGGCGAUCAUCUUGAUCCUCUCCGCAAGGAUAUGCCACGGCAAUCCGGACGCGAAGAGGCUGUACGACGAUUUGCUGUCGAAUUACAAUCGGCUGAUACGCCCCGUUUCGAAUAACAACGACACCGUAGUCGUUAAACUAGGACUUCGUCUGUCCCAACUGAUCGAUCUCAAUUUGAAGGAUCAAAUUCUCACGACAAACGUUUGGCUCGAGCACGAAUGGCAGGAUCACAAGUUUCAAUGGGAUCCGGCAGAGUACGGAGGUGUCACCGAACUCUACGUACCAAGCGAGCACAUAUGGCUUCCCGACAUCGUGCUCUACAAUAACGCGGACGGGGAGUACGGAGUCACCACGAUGACCAAAGCUAUCCUGCAUUACACGGGGAAGGUACUAUGGACACCUCCGGCUAUCUUCAAAUCCUCGUGCGAGAUAGACGUUCGAUAUUUUCCGUUCGAUCAACAAACUUGCUUCAUGAAGUUCGGUUCGUGGACUUACGACGGUAUUCAGAUCGACUUGAAACACAUCAAUCAAAACAUGGGAGACAAAGUGGAGAUCGGGAUCGAUCUUCGCGAGUACUACCCUAGCGUCGAGUGGGACAUACUGGGGGUUCCAGCCGAACGGCACAAGAAAUAUUACCCGUGUUGCGACGAGCCCUAUCCCGACAUCUUCUUCAACAUCACUCUACGCCGAAAAACGUUGUUCUACACGGUGAAUUUGAUCGUCCCAUGUGUGAGCAUCUCGUAUUUGUCGGUGCUCGCGUUCUACUUGCCCGCGGACUCCGGCGAGAAAAUCGCCCUCUGCAUCAACAUCCUACUAUCUCAAACAAUGUUCUUCCUCUUAAUAUCGGAGAUCAUACCAUCCACCUCGUUGGCGUUGCCUUUGCUCGGCAAAUACUUGCUGUUCACCAUGAUCCUCGUCGGCCUCUCGGUAGUUAUAACGAUCGUAAUAUUGAACGUUCAUUACCGCAAGCCGAGCACCCAUAAAAUGGCCCCUUGGGUGAGGAAGAUUUUCAUAAGGAGAUUACCCAAACUUCUUUUAAUGAGGGUGCCCGACGAUCUGUUGAACGAUCUUGCCGCUCAUAAGAUGCACGGUAGAGGAAGGUCCGGGAAGAAGAGCAAAUUCAACGCCGCUGUCGCUGCAGCCGUGCAAUCCUCCUCCAUAGUCUCGUCCCCUGAUUCCGCUCGUCAUCAACGAAUCGGCGGUGAGUGUCGUGCGUAUUCCAUUCUUAUGAUUGAAAAGAAAUAUAUAUAUAUAUGCGCGUUGGGGGAGGGGGAGGGGUGUAACGACGCAACGGUUUCAGGAUGCAACGGACUGCACACGACGACCGCGCAUAACAGAUUUUUGGGAGGGAUCGGUGGAUACAAUGGACUUCCCACGGUGAUGUCCGGGUUGGACGAGUCCCUGAGCGACGUAACGCCAAGGAAGAAAUAUCCUUUCGAGCUCGAGAAAGCUUUGCACAACGUGAUGUUCAUUCAGCACCACAUACAACGGCAAGACGAGUUCAACGCGGAAGAUCAGGAUUGGGGUUUCGUAGCCAUGGUUCUCGACAGACUUUUCCUAUGGAUCUUCACUAUAGCUUCGAUCGUUGGCACGUUCAUCAUUCUCUGCGAGGCACCGGCCCUUCGUGACAACACCAAACCGAUCGACAUGGAAUAUUCCUCCGUGGCCCAGCAACAAUUCCUUCCUAACGAUGAUAUUUUGGAAACUCUCGUGUAGAAAUAUUUGGUGUAGACGUGUUGCGGAGAAAGCGCCAGGGGGUGCCGAUGUAUCUCUUAUUAAAGACUUUAUCAUAGUACAAUGUCGCGUCAAUCAAAGAUUUUUCCUUCACUUUCUUGUUUCUCAACUCGUUGCGAGACGCAUUUGUCCAAUCGCGAAUCAACACCCUUGGCUACAUACUUUAUAUACGUUUUAUUAGAAGAUAUAAGAUUUUCGAUAUCUCAAAAUGUCUAAAAGUACUCGACGGUAUAUAGUACUUACACGCACAUGACGAUUAAGUGCUCUUGAAUUAACAAUAAACGUGUUAACCGUUCAGCUAAAUAAAAAAAAAAAAAAAA